AUGAUGUCCUUUCUGCGCAAGGACGGUGCCCUGUCAGUGGCGUUAUUGGUGAUAGUUAUUUGCUUCCUAUCGAUCAUACCGUGGCCGGGCCCGAGUGUGUUCAAAAUAUCAUGCUCCCGCGAGAGCUCCCGCGUCGUGCGCAAGAUCGUGCACGCGCGCUGGCUGCCGAUCCUGGAGAAGUACCAGGUGAAGCUGCCGCUCGAGUGCCCGUUCCAUCCGCUGCGCGACAUCUUCGGCCCGCAGCAGAGCGCCAAAAAGCAGCACCGGCCGAGCCAGUGGACGUGCGGGUUCUGCGGCAAGAGCUUCUUCGAGGAGCGCCACCUCGAGGCACACUUUGAGAACCGGCACAAGGGUAACAUCAACACGGCCGAGGACGCGGUCUGUCUGGCCGACUACUGCGACAUGAUGCGGUGCGACGUGCUGAUCGCGAAGGAUGCGACGCUCGCGUUCGGCAGCGACCCGAACACGGUCUCGACCGACAUCGAGGUGUGGAGCGAGGCGACCGCCUACCGGACAGCGCUGACGACCUCUGGCCCGCGGGAUUUAGCCAAGGUGCCGGAAAGGAAGUCGCUGCUUCCGAAGGUGCUGCAGACGAUCAAGGAUGACGUAUUUCGUAGCCGACAACCUCAGCCACAGCAGCCUGCGGUGACGUCGGUGGCCAGUGCGAGCGGUGCCGGUAACUGCGCCAAAAGUGACCAGGGCAAAUCGAAGAGAAGCCGGAAGAGCUCCAAAACGAGUGAGGACGAUAAGGAAGCCAACGAUCACCUAGUGGAGGAUGACGACGAGGACGAAGACGACGAAGAAGAGGACGAUGAGGACGACGAGGAAGAGGAGGAGUCCGAAAAUGAUAGCAAUGCGACGUCACAGUGCGAGCAGCAUCUGGUCGACUCCUCGCUACCGCCGGUGGACCGCAAGCAGCAGCGCCUAUCGGAGAUGCAGCGCAUGAAGGCGAACUGUAAUGCGGACGAAAUUGGCCAGCUGAAGACACGCUGCGAGAUUCUGGUACGGGACUGCAUCGUUGGGCUGUUGGUUCAGCUGUCCCACGACGACUUCCGCAGCAUGGAGGAGGAGCUGAACCGGGCCGUUUGCUGGUACCUGACCUGCGAGCGCUACUGGGAGGAUGGGCCGCUCGAGCAGCGCCCUUUCCCCUGGGGGCUCGUGUUCGUGCUCGUGAUGGUGCUCUCGAUGGGCGUCUGCCUUUGCUACUACAUCAUCUGGAUACUGUUCGACAGCGAAGAUUUCAGCCCAUCGGUGGCCAGCCACCCAGUACUGGGACACGCGACUCCUUCGCACGGCCAUCAUCAUCAUGGUGCUGGUGGUGGCGGUGUUGGUGGAGUAGCUGGUUCCCACCUUGGACGACACUACCUGCAGCCGGGUGGAUCGACCGGUAUCUACCGGUUGCAGGACGGUGGCCAUUCGGCCGCAAGCCUGAACAAUCUCGGCACCGGUAGCGGCCAUGACAUCCAGCACACGCCCCAGAUCCAUGCGUCCCCGGGAGCGUCCGGCGGUGGUUCCGGUAUGCUGUAUGCCACGACGUCGGGCGAGGAUGGUGGUGGAGCUAGCGGCGGGUACGGGUACGCGGCCGGUUCGGCAACGGGCCAGAUGAUCGCCGUGGCGGGCGACUUAUCCGGUGCGGGACCGUCCAGUGGGGCGGGAACGGGGGCCAUCCCGGGCGGGGGAGCAGCCAGCGGAGAGUUCGGUGAGCUCGGACAGAGCGAACACUACAUCUACGUGACCUAUCCACCGGAACUGAAGCGACGGCUGCUGGAAAGGUACGGUAGAGACAUCUAUAUGCAGCUGUUGCGCAAGGAUGUGUACGAUUACUACUAG